GCUCCAGUGGCUGGAAUCCUAGUCUUGCUUUUCUAUACAUAUUUUCUCCCUGUCGGAUCCUCUUAUUUGCUUUUAUUCAUACGCGGCCUUCGGAGGCAGAUAUCACAAUGAAUAGGCCAGGUCCAGGACCACAACCUCUCCGGGGCAUGUCUGGGUUCCCCGCACAGCAACAGGCACAGGCUCGGAAUGCGACGCUGGCUUCGGCGCGAUUGCCGAACGGAAAAUUAGGCACUGGUGCAAACUGGAACUUCAACCUACCUGUGAGCGGAGCGCCGGGUAUCCCAGGGGCUCAGCAGCGCAAUAUCGGGAACAUGGGGGGUACAUUUGCACAGAGUCUUAGCGGGUCGCAACCUGCGACACCACUGGAUCUAGCUAGCGAUUUCCCUUCGCUUUCUGGGGCAUCUCCCCAGACUCAGGCCCAAAAUACCGCCCACAUGGUAUGGGCCAACGCAAGCCAACGAGCGAUGCAGCAGACCCCGGCCCAGAGACAGCACCCUUCGUCACAAGCACCGUCAAGGGGUCCCCAAACACAGUCUCACCAUCCCCAGCAACAAACGCAGCCCUCACACGAUGACGUAUUCCCGUCCGGUGCUCAAUUUGCCAAUCGGCUGGACGAUUUUCGAAACGGCGGACAGGGCAUCAGUGGGCAGUUAGGAGCGGGCGCACAGCCGCAAACAGGCAACAUCGAAGAAUUCCCACCAUUGGGGCGCAACAUCCCCACAGAGAUAGGCCAGGAUCACCGAGGAUCUUUGAUGCAGAGUGCAGCUUUCGGCGGCUUCAACAGUGGGGUGCCUUUGCCCGGAGUAAGCCAAAGCCAAUCAGUACAAGGUCGCAGUGUAAUGGCUUCGAUAAACGGGCAAGAGAGGAUGCUUUCGCCUACAGCCGUGGGAUCAGGAGGUAUCGGAACGUCGCGAUCGCCCGUCAACCAGGGACCCAACGGGGUCCCAGGACAAGAAAAAGAGGACCUGGCCAACACAUUGUUGUCGGGACAACGCAGCUUCGCGGAGCAACAGGUACUCCCUGGGGAAGCUCAGGAAACCACCGGUAAUCCUCCUGGAUUUCCUGCGCCGUCAAAGCAAAGCUCCGAGCAGCCGCCGCUGGCCGAUAUGAGCGAGCUUGACAGGUUUGGAUUGGCUGGUCUUCUCCGGAUGAUCCAUAGCGAUAGCCCAGAUGUCGCGGGUCUGGCAGUAGGCCAGGAUCUAAUGACAUUGGGCCUAGACCUGAAUCAGCUCGAACCGUUACAUACGUCCUUCGCCUCCCCGUUCGUGGCCUCCAUGGCAGGGGUCCCUCUGGAGCAAGACUUCUCCCUUCCCUCGUGCUACAAUGUCGCCAACAUCCAGUCUCUCCAGUCUCGUAUUCCGAGCUUCAGCGACGAGACGUUAUUUUACAUCUUCUAUAGCAUGCCUCGCGACACGAUGCAGGAAGUCGCGGCAGAAGAACUAAUGGGUCGCAAGUGGAGGUAUCACAGGGUCGAGCGGUGCUGGCUCACCCGCGAUGAGACCUAUCCCGGUCCCGUCGAUGUGGAGCGGGGCGUCAGCGAACGGGGGGUCUAUCUUCUGUGGGAGCCUGCUAGCUGGAAGCGGAUUAGGCGCGACUUUAUCCUCCGAUACGAGGAUCUCGACAACAGAAUGGACGCGAACCGAGGUCUUGCGCGCGUGGGCUUCCCGCAGCAGGGAUCAUGAACAAUCUUCUCAUUCUCGGGAAACACGGGGCGACGGAAAUCAGCAACGGCGUUAGGUUCACUGCCAAUUUUCAUAACGGGUUGUUCGGGUGUUUCCAGUUCUAUCGAGGACCGGGGUGUUUCUCUGAUUUAGUGGUAUCUCGGGGUGGGGGAAGUAGGAUAUGUGUUUGAAAUCGAAUGACUUCCAUGAUUACCG